CGAAUUCCUCUCAGCGUCGAAAGCCUCAUUUCAGUGAGCAUGCAGUUCGAGCCACCGACCAAGCAAGCCGACGUGACGGUUAACAUGACUGAUGGUGACAACAGCACUCAGGGUGUCGACGCUAAUGGCAUUGUGACUGGUCGCUGGAAGACUGGACUAUUCGGCUUCACAGACUCGAUUGUACCCAAUGGUGUCACGUCUUGCUGCUGUCCUGGACUGGUAGUGGCUCAGAUCUCGGCUCGUCUUGGUCUGAUGCCGUUCUACCACGUGCUCGGCAUCUUUGGAGGCCUCUACGUAUUGGCGCUUAUCGCGGUGUCCACUCACAGUGGCUUCUUUGACUUUCUCUUCUGGCUGUGUGCUGUCAUCUCGGCGCUCUGCAUGAUGCGGUUGCGCUGGCGUAUCCGAACACUCUUCAGUAUUCCCGGCUCGCACGCUGAGGACGCCGCUUUCAGCUUCUGCUGCGGCUGCUGCUCGGUCGCGCAGAUGGCUUCGCACGUCGAGUCGUACGAGCCCGGCGUCUUUACCUUCGCACCACGCGCCACACUCCCAGGCUACUCGUUGAGCUAGGCAUUCAAUCAAGAGCUGCCCAAACUACACGAUAAAUGAAUGAAAGCAACACUUUAUAUAAACUAU